AUGUCCACUGGCGGCAGGUUCAACUUUGACGAUGGGGGGUCAUACUGCGGAGGGUGGGAGGAGGGCAAGGCGCACGGCCACGGGAUCUGCACCGGACCCAAGGGCCAGGGCGAGUACUGCGGUUCCUGGGCCCACGGCUUCGAGCUGCUGGGCGUCUACACCUGGCCCAGCGGCAACACCUACCAGGGCACCUGGGCUCAGGGCAAGAGACACGGCGUGGGCGUUGAGAAUAAAGGCCGCUGGGUGUACAAGGGUGAGUGGACGCACGGCUUUAAAGGACGCUAUGGCGUUCGGGAGAGCACCGGGACGAGCGGGAAGUAUGAGGGAACGUGGAACAACGGGCUGCAGGACGGAUACGGAACGGAGACGUACUCGGAUGGAGGAACAUUUCAGGGCCAGUGGGUUGGCGGGAUGCGACAUGGCUACGGCGUCCGUCAGAGCGUCCCGUACGGCAUGGCGGCCGUCAUCCGCUCGCCGCUCCGAACCUCCAUAAACUCUCUGCGCUCCGGUUCAGAGCACAGCAACGGCACGGCCCUGCUGGACCGGACCGGGGCCGUGGUUCCCGGUCCCCCUCCCGUCCCCGGCACUCUGUCCACCAGCGUCUCCAUGUGCAGCACCGGCAGCAGCGGCAGCAGCCCGGCCGUGUCCCGGGGAGGCUUCGUGCUGACGGCGCACAGCGAGGCCGAGCUGCUGAAGGGGAAGAGGAAGGGCGGCUUGUUCCGGAGGUCCAUCCUGUCCGGCCUCAAGCUGAGGAAGUCGGAGUCCAGGAGCUCGCUGGCCUCGCAGAGGUCCAAGCAGAGCUCGUUCAGGAGCGAAGCUGGGAUGAGCACCGUGUCCUCUGCGGCGUCCGACAUCAACUCCACCAUCAGCCUUGGCGACGCGGACGCAGAGCUGGCUGUCGCCGACGACGACGUGGAUGCCACGGCGACAGAGACGUAUUGCGGCGAGUGGAAGAACGACAAGCGGACCGGGUUCGGGGUGAGCCGGCGGUCCGACGGGCUGCAGUACGAGGGCGAGUGGCUGAGCAACAAGCGUCACGGCUACGGCUGCACCACGUUCCCCGACGGCACCAAAGAGGAAGGGAAGUACAAGCAGAACAUCCUGGUGAGCGGCAAGAGGAAGAACCUGAUCCCCCUCCGGGCCAGUAAGAUCCGAGAGAAGGUGGACCGGGCCGUGGAGGGAGCGCAGAAGGCGGCCGACAUCGCCCGGCAGAAGGCUGAGAUCGCUCUGUCCAGGACGGCUCAUGCGCAGGGAAAAGCAGAGGCGGCGGUGGGAGCAGCUCAGAAAGCCCAGGAGGAGAGUCGCAUGGCCCGGGUCACCGCCAAGCAGUUCUCCCCUUCAUUCCAGCACCCAGGAAACGGUAUGGAGGUGCAGCGUCCCAAGCGUCAGGUGUCCAGCGAGGUGGAGGGCGAAGGCUUGUCGAGCAGCGCCGGUACCGCCGACAGUCCGGACCUCUACGUGAAGAGCGGCGCCUCCGACGACCCCUCCAUCGACGCCGCCACCCCCGACCUCAGCCCGCCUUCCUCCUCGCCGCCCCACACCCCGCCUCCCCCCGCCCGGCCCACCCAGCGCACCAAGAGCGCCCGAUUCCACCGGCAGAGCGCCGUGGACCACGGGGACCGGGGGAAGGAAGGGGGAGAUAGGGGCGAGAAAGGCGGGGGAGGAGGGCAGACGGAGAUCCAGGUGUUGAUGGAGGGAGGCAGCGGGGGAGGGGAGGGCGUUGGGAAGGGGGAGUACCCGAGGGCCAACAGCUGGAGCGAAGACAAGAGGAGGGGCGUGCUGUCGAAAGGUGGAGGCGGGGUCAGCGGCCGAGGGGCGGGCCGGACCAACGGACACAAACACAGCUCCUCCAAUCACAAGUCGCGGGAGCACGGCUCGUCCAAUCACAGACAGGCCAGAGGGGACAGGUGGACGGAGUCGUCCUCGUCCGCCUCGUGGACAUCCGGGCACAGGGGCGUGCACGGCAGGGCGGGGCGGCUGCUGGAGCAGGACGAGGAGAAAAUCAGCAACUACGAGAUGGAGAUGAAGCCUUUACAGCCCAGAGACUCCGCUACCCACAAGCCCCAUGGGCACGGGGAGGAGAGGCACGCCCACGGAGAGGGGCGCUCGCACACCGUGCAGCGGCAGAGGCACAAGAACCGGGACGGGAGGGAGGCCAAGGAGGGCAGGGAGGCGGGGAAGGACUCGGGGCACAAGCUGGACAGACCGGGGGAGAAGAUGGAUUCACGGCCUCUACGCCGAGACCUCACCCUCUCCCCCCCUCUGAAGUCCUCCCCCAUCACGCCGGAGCAGCAGGACCACAGCCUGACGCUGAGCAAAGGCAACUCGGCCUACAGCUCCAUCCUGGUUGUCAUGGUGAUUCUGCUCAACAUUGGAGUGGCUAUUUUGUUUAUCCACUUUUUUAUUUGA